UUCAUUCAUCGUCAUCGAGUUCUACACCUGUGGUCUCGAUAGUGUUUAUUUUUAUUGUAAAAUUGUUUAAUUUUUGGCUUUCUGAAAUCAUUUUGUUGUAAAAACUAAAGUGAUUUUUUGUAAAAUGGCAGAUGAUUUAAGAAAUUAUAAACUGCAACUUCAACAGGUGGAAGCAGCGUUGCUCACAGAUGGUGAAAAUGAAGAGUUGCUGAAAUUAAAGGCUGACUUGGAAGAAGUAAUAGAGUUGACACAAGAUCUUAUCAAAACUCAAGACGCUGACUCCAAAGUGCCUAAUAUUCAUGGUUCUAGUAAUGAUCAUGAUGUUGCAGCAUCCGUGUUGGCGGCCGACGAUGAGGAAAGCUCACACAAAUACUUUUCAAAUUGGCAAGUUGGCGAGAGAUGUUUGGCGAAAUGGCGAUCAGAUGGACAAUUUUAUGAAGCUCUCAUUGAAGAUGUCACUGAAAAUACAUUAAAAGUUAAAUUUGAUGGCUAUGCAACAGCAGAAGUGGUAUCCAUUAAUGAUGUAAAAGUUAUACCAGGAAUAGGUAUAAAGAGACCUCACAGCGGUGACGAAAGCAAGCAUGGAAAGGGGUACAAUAGAGAAUAUCUCAAGAAGAAAAAACAGAAGAAACAACAAAGAUUUAAACAAAUAGAAGAAGAAAGAGAAACUGAAAAGAACAAGUGGUUAAACUUUCACACCAAAGCUGCAAAGAAACCUGGUGUGCGAACAAAGAGUAUAUUUGCUUCGCCAGACAAUUUGACCGGCAGAGUAGGCAUCGGCACCUGUGGCAUAUCAGGGAAACCUAUGACUGAGUAUACUCCUGGAGAAAAGUGGAAGAAAGGUGGAUAAUAUUAUUUGUAAAUUUAGUUUAAGUUAGGUUUUAUUUAGUCCUUGACACCCAGUAAUUCAAAGUCAGAAUUUGUCACUUGGUGUAUGAAAUAGUGCAUGUUUCAACUGUACUAAUAUUACAGAAAUUGUGUUUAUGCUAAUGUAUUUAUGUUAUGAUAAUAUAACAUACAACAAUUAU